AUGCGAUGUUUUAGGAAAACCUUGUUUUGUUUGUGCGGUUAGAACGUACGUAAAUAAUGAAGUCUAUGAUUCAGGUCUUCCACUAAAGUGCGAAAUCAUUGUGUAAGCUUUACGGUCACUAACUAUUAUUAACUAAUUGAAAAGAAAGGAUUUCAGGCCUGAAAUCCUUUCUUGUCAGUAACCAUUUUUCCUCUCCUUAAGCUUGUACUCAUCAUCUCUAAUUUCUAUGGAAGUGAGACACGAGAAAGAAGCCAUAACAUUAUUGGUAGGGGAAGAAGAGAAAGAAGCCCAAAACACAAGUGGUUAUAAGACACCAAUAUUCACGUUAUGGGAUGUUCCGUCAUUAAUUUGCUUUUUCCAAGUACCGGGUUUAUUUGUACUAUCAAUUCCAAUAUUCCCGGACUUGGCAAAACUCGGUCGUCAUACAAUCUUCAUCUUCGUUUCCGCAAUCUACUUCAUGUUGCUUCAUUUCCUCCCAAAUAAACUUGCCAUUCACUGGGGUGCAAAGGCUCCGGACUCUACGUGGGGGCGCUGCGCCAAGUCCGCCGACCUGAUCCUCGUCAUCCUCGUCUCGAUCGUCGUCGGAUACUGUAGAUCCGACGAUGAUCGUCGCAUUGUCGAUCUGUGGAUUAUGAUUGGGCUUACAUUCUUAAAUAUCAAAAUCCACACGUUUGUUAAAAUUCGAUGGAGGGUUUUGGAUUAUGGUGCACGAGAUAUGAUGGUGGCAUUAGCAAUGCAAGUUUUUGCUUACUGCAAUGUGGUAAUGCUCCUUCACGGGACAUCAUCUCGACGUGACAGUGGAUUGGGAUUUCGCACGGCACCGUUGCUAGUCACGAUGGCGCCUUGUGGGAUCGUCGUUUUCUGUGCAUUCUCUUCUGCUCCGGUUUUAGAUAGGCCUGAAAAUCUUGCCAAUGCAAUAGCAGUAAAUUUCUAAUCGCACACACUUCUUUGCCUUUUUUUUUUUAAGUAUGCAAGAGAAAGAUAACUUUCAUCUGUUGUUGGUUUUUUUUCCUUCGAAGAUAAUUUUGUCCAAUUCCUAAUAUUUUGAUUUAGUUUCGUCAUUCGUGUCAAGGGUAUGAAAUAGUAAAUUUUCAGGACAUAUAAGCAAAUAAUAGAAAAUUGGGUCACUCCAAAAGAAUAACCCAUUUCACUCUGUGUUCCGGAUUGAAGAGUUUUAAGAUGAGAGGGACUCUAUAUUCUUGGAUUGCAACAAAAUCAAAUGUUACAUAAUUAUUUAAUCUCAACCGAACAUAAUAAGAAGAGAAGAAUGAACAAAUAAGAUCCCAAUGUAAGUGCAUCUAUCCAGCGAGGUACGGUUCUAUUGAAUAAGAUGUCGAUUUUGGA